AUGUUUACUGAUGGUAACCUAUGGAAUACUCAAAGACGACAACAUAAUACAGAAGUAACGAGAUCAGUUAAAAUACUUAUGGAUGAAGCACGAAUUAAUAAUUUUCAAUAUUCUCAACUUACAAGUAACAUGCUACGAGGGGCAACAUUAUCUACAAAAGCUGAAAUAUCAUCAAUACAAUCUAAACCAUUACUAAAUAAACGAGUAAAACCAGUUCGUCCAUCAAAAACAUUAAAUCCUACAGGAUUACGUACUUAUAAUGAUAUUGUUAAUUCUGGUGCUUAUAUUCAACCUGAUUAUCAUCCAAGACCGACAAAAAUUCGUACUGAUCAAGAAAAAGAUCGUUUAGCACAUUUAAUGGCAUAUGGAAUUGAUCCAACAAAAAUGAUCUGUAAAACAGUUGAAUGUUCAACACCAAUUCGUGAAAUUGAUCGAUUUGAUGAAUUAGUACUUGAAAUUGAACAAAGAAAACAAUUUCUUGAUCAAAUGACAUUACUUGGUAAACGAAAAGAAUAUCAACAAGUUAUUUCAAAUGAAAUUUCUGAUAAAAUACGUGAAAUGGAACAGAUUGAUCGACAACGUUCAAAAGCUUUAGAAAAACGUCUCAAUGAACAUCAGUAA